AUGGACUCACCCCUGACCCAACAAGCGAGGCCGGAGGUCUUUGAGCCAAAAGUUGUUGGUCUCUAUCGGCGACUUUUUCGAGUACGAAUCUGGAAUACGCCAGUAAAGAUCAAUCGCUAACACUUAUCUUAUAGGAGAUCGACGAAGAUGAAACAGAUGAGGCCUUUUGGAGCACCUUAUUUCUCUUGAAUCCGGACACUGCCUCGUUACGGGACAUACUUGAGAACACCGAUGCGGAAUAUCUGCUGCACGCUCAGGUAGGUACAUCUGGACGGAACAUUGAAUCUCAGCCAUAACUUGCCUGUAUAGCAUCAACCGCAACAACUUCUAUCACAAGGACUCACCCGCAUCAAGAGUGGAGAAGCUCCUUCCGACGAGAAUGCGCUUGAUGUAAGCAUCUACCGAUAUGAUGUGACUUAUCUGGCGUUUGGUUUAUGACUUAGACUCUGACAGUGUUCUUUGCCGUCGUCUUGGGCAAAAAGUUCACGAAUCCAAGUUCAGACGUAAUUGAAGUGAGUCGCGCACGUUCUAUCAUCUCGUGACAUGACGUUGACGGAGAUAUCUCUCCCACGUAGGUACUUGCUGGACUGGACCAUGUUGACAGUGUCUUUUUCGACCUGGUCGCAACCCUUGAUCAUGCCAUCAAAGACGGUCGAACGAUUGAGCUGCGGCAGAAGGCUGUGCGAACCGCGAUCGCUGUCGUGUCGGGAGGCUAUCAGACUGCCCUCAUCUCGUACUUCAUCAAUCGAGACUUCUUCCCGGCCUUGAUGAAGCUUGCUCAUCAGCUGGAGAAUCCCCUACAAGGAAGCGAGCCCCUGCUACUUACGGGUCUGCUUGCGAAUUACAACAAAUUCGAAGUGCACAAUCAAUACCGAGUCCGUUUCUCCGACUUUGUGAACGAAGACACUAUGGCAAGGGUUGUGCUCAGCAUGGCUUGGACGACGACCGUACUUCGCGAGCGCUAUAUUUCCAUACAAGACGACGCCGUCACUGGUUGGAGCGUCGGCGGGACUCUAUCGUAUGUUGGGUUGGGCGCCCUGGCUGGGGCGAAACCAGCUGCUGCAACCUUGACGGAGCAACAGCAGAAGCAGCUUUUCUCCGAGCAGUAAGCUGAACGAAUCCCUAUGUCCAUGUGACCUUAGCUGACUUCUUCAGACCUGGCCGCGAGGCUGCCUCAAUGCUGACCGUAUACGAUUUCGCACUGGCCAACAAGCUCUUCUGCCACAACCUCGUGAGCCUUCCAGCGACGGAGAGAGAUCAGCCGCCACCAUUCAGCUGCUUUGUCUCGUUCGCUUCAUACUUGUUCCAGCACGCGUACAGGACCGUGCGAGCCUCGAUGUACGCCUACCUUGUUUUGAUUAUCCUCAUCAUCCUCGUCGAGGACCAAGCAUUGGCAAAGCUCCUGACCGAAACGGUCGCUCCUGUUCGUCUCUGCCGACAAAGACCGCCCCAGCUUCCAUUGCCAAAGGGAGACCGACCUUAUAUUGCUGCAGUCAUAGAUCUUGUGGUUGAUGGUAUCAAUCACAAUCUUCGUAAGAGAUUGGAUACCAAUUUCUACCAACAGAGCAUUGCCGUACUAUCGCGAAUACUCUCUUACCUGGCCAAAUCGCGGACAAAGCUUGCAUAUCACUGGUCAGAGCUGUGGCGAUCGCUACUCUCCUUUGCGAGGUUCCUCACGACAUAUGCAGACGACCUCAAGGUGCUUUCGGGGACGCACGAGGUUAUUGGAAGCCUUGUCGAUGUGCUCACCAUUGCUCUGACGAAUGGCGAGGCAUUCUUGCCAGAUGCAGCAGCAUAUGACGACCUCUUCUACAAGCUGGUAGAGUCGGGAGAGGCUCUCGUCAAGCUUCGCGAUGUCUAUUCGCUGAGCAAACCUGACGCCAACACCGCCAUCAACACUCUGAUCGGGGUUUCGAAGCACUACCAGGAGCUCAUUGAAAGUCAGAAAUCGAAGAGCACGCAUCUCACACCGCGCGAGGUCAGCAAGAUCAUCAAACAGGGCUACGACACGCUCUCGAUUGAGACGAAGGAGGGGCUUGAUCACGUUGAUCAGUAUAGGGAAGCCGAUCACAAGGUGGAACUGAAGAAGAUCACUCGGGUCGCUGUCAAUGAUGCCGCGUCGUCGAUCGCAUCAUGA